CCCACAGAGAGGGGAGGGAGAGGGGCUCCACGCCACUCCCUCGAUUCACGCCGCUCAUGUGAUGGCACGAAGGAAAGAGCGCGGCGCCACCGCACGUGCCUUUUGGUAGAACGCCUCGCUGGCUCGCACGAGCGGCCGGCUUCUUCCCCUCCCUCCUUCUCUUCCUCUCUCUCUCUCUCUUUCUCGGUCUUUACGUUCUUUUACAGGGUGGACGGAAGGAAGGAAGGAGGGACUCUGUAUCUGAUCUCUCUCUGCCUGCGUUCUGAACGGCUUUUCAGAGAGGACAGGAGAGAAGAGACAGAUAUAGAGGGUGGAAUAACGGCUUCUUCUUCUUUCUCUUCUUCCUGUUGUUUUCCUCCGUUGAAUGUUUGAGACGUUUUCCUCGAAGGGAGAGCGGAGUUGAAGAAUCCCUCGUCUGUUUUCGUAGUUUUAUUCAUCUUUUGUUUCCUUUUGCUUCCAUUCGAUCCGUCUGAGGAGGAGAGAGGCGAAUUCCGAGGUUUUCAUUUGCUUGAGUUUACCUUUUCGGUUUCUCUCCAAUUGUUCUGUGGUAUAGGAGGGGACGAGGGAGAAAGAUUCGAGUUUCUUCUCCUCCUUCUUCCCCUUCUUCUCUUUGUGUCUCCUGUUGCUAUCUCUCCUUUAUUGGGAAAAGGGAAGGGGAGGGGGAGGCGGAAGGGGGAAGAGAAGGCGUCGAAGAGACGAAAUUCAAGGUUCUAUUCUUCUUCCUUUUUCGUCGACCGUGCUGAUGGAGCAGCUUGUCAAUUUCAUUAUUCGUCCCCCCAGAGCUGAAUAUACCCCAGAUAGUGACCUUCUGGAACAGAAGUUUAUGCUGAAGGGACAUUGGUAUCAGAGAAAGGACAUUAAGGUUAAGAAUAGCAGAGGACUUGAACUUCAGUGCAGCCAUUACAUGCCACUUGCAAUUCGGGAGGGAAAAGCACUGCCAUGUGUAAUAUACUGCCAUGGAAAUAGUGGCUCUAGGGUGGAUGCCAGUGAAGCUGCCAUCAUUUUGUUGCCAUCAUAUAUCACAGUUUUCACUCUGGAUUUUUCUGGUUCUGGACUUUCAGAAGGAGACCAUGUUACUUUAGGGUGGAAUGAGAAGGAUGAUCUCAAGGCUGUUGUCAACUAUCUGCGAACUGAAGGCAAUGUUUCUUUAAUUGGUUUGUGGGGUCGCUCAAUGGGUGCUGUAACCAGUUUGCUAUAUGGUGCUGAAGAUCCCUCUAUCGCUGGAAUGGUUCUGGACAGUCCAUUUGCCAAUUUGAUUGACUUGAUGAUGGAACUUGUUGACACUUACAAAAUCCGCCUACCAAAAUUUACUGUGAAGGUUGCAAUUCACUAUAUGCGCAGGGUUGUCCAGAAGAAGGCAAACUUUGAUAUAGCAAAUCUAAAUGCUGUUGAGGUAGCAAAAUCUUGCUUUGUUCCAGCUUUAUUUGGGCACGCCACUGAAGAUGAUUUUAUUCAACCUCAUCAUUCAGAUCGAAUAUAUGAUACCUAUGCAGGGGACAAAAAUAUUAUCAAAUUUGAUGGAGACCACAACUCACAACGCCCACAAUUUUACUUUGAUUCCAUAACUAUUUUUUUCCACAAUGUACUGCAUCCUCCAACUGAUGCAGCUGACGGGAUCUCUUUUCCAUUAGACCAUGAAUAUUACUUUGAUCAGAAUAGCUGGGAUAGCGUGGAUGGAGUUGGGCUUCAAGAUUAUGAUUCUCACACACCUUUCUCAACAGGUGAUGUCACUGAUCAAUUGCCUCUUAGAAGACCUAUGAGUAGAACAGAGGUCCCUGUUGAUAUUCGUGGACAGGAGGAACAUCUGGAGGAUGCAAGUCAGGGUGUUAACUGUUCAUCUUUAGACGAAUCUAAUUCAUACACUAUUCCCUUCAGUCACUCUACUUUUGGUGGCCAUUCUGCUGGAUCUUCAUAUGGUAGUGUAGCUGAUUUCCCCUACAGUGUUGAAGAUGAAGAAAGAAUGCUAUCAGAAGCGAUCAUUCUCUCGCUCAAGGAGAUGAACAUUGGGUCAACAAGUGAGGAUCCAAUGUCGGCGAGUUCAGAAGAUCCAUGUCAAACGGAUGACUCACCUUCAGCUGGAAGGAGUACUUCACCUACCGAAGGACCUUCCUUUGAGGGAACAGCUGGAGAUAGUUGCAUUGAUUCUCUGGUUGUUUGCCAACCUGAGUUGAAAACACUUUCUCACCCAAAAAGUUCAGUAACAACGGUACAUGCUGAGCCACCUUCAGUUACCGACUGUCAGACACUUGACCCUGUCUUGUCCAAGUCGUCGUCUUUGCCAGCUUCAGAAAGUCAAGCAGAACAGCUUAAGUCUUCAUCUACUGGAUGUUUGUGCAAUGGGGAUCUCUCAGCACAGCAGCAGCACUUGGAUCAGCCUGCAGAUGCGAAUGCUUUGCUGCCAAAGAACAUGUGAAUGCACAUAAUGGAUAGUUUCGUCCACCGUUUUCAGGCUCAGCUUGUUUAGGAACAAGGGUUGAGCAUGAUCCUGCAGAAUUGGAUUGUUUAGUGACAGGUGGGAGCUUGAUCUGUGGGAAUGGAUGGACUGAUUCUCUUUGAUGAGUCUGAGUCAGUAGAUACGAUGCGCAUGUAAAGAAUCUUUCCGGCUUCCCUUGAUUUGUAACCAUGUGUGCAACUUCUCAAUGUAAGAGAAACAGCUAUAAAACGGUGAAGAUAGCAGUAGUGCAUCCGUCAAGCACGAUUACAUGCUGUGGUGGAAACUGCCAAACAAAGUGCCAGUUAUGCCCGAAGACUAGCAGAGUCGGGUUCACCAAUACGACAAUACCUGGACAGGAGUCUCAUAGUUCACAGCCUCCGUGACAAGUGUGUGGCAGAUCUGCAACCCACUGCGGGCAAAGGGGCCUGGUUUUGCUGCUGCUGGGUUCCCUUGGGUUUGUGUAAAACGCUAUUCACUUGCAAUUGGUAGGUUUUUUCUGCUUGCCUCGCAGGCAAAAAUGUACGAUACACGUCUGUGCUGUUUCUCCAAUGCAUGUGUAUGUAUAAUGUUUUCAUAACUUACCUAAAGCAUAUAAUCUUGAUAUUUUCCAUGUA